GCACACUGUCAGUUGUUGUGAGAUCUAAGGCAAGUAGGUCACAUCAUUUUAGGGUUUUGAGUAGCCUAACUUACCAGGGAAAAUAUCCCCAACACAUCUACGCUAUAUCUAGCUCAGCUGUUUUGCUUUUUGUGUCAUUUUGAUUGAUUGCCAUUCUUCUAAAAGUCUUGCCUUCAGCGAUGGUGGAGGUGUUCAUAGGUCGAACUCUUCUAAACAAAGAUGGGGAUGUCAUUGAUCCAGAAGCUGCACUGCGAAACAAAGUUGUAGGUAUAUACUUCUCCGCCGGAUGGUGCCCACCUUGUCGGGACUUCACACCUAUUCUCUGUGAUUUUUACACCGAGUUGGUUGAAGAGGCCGACCCUCCUGCACAGUUCGAGAUUGUCUUCAUAUCAUCGGACAAGUCCACAGAGGACAUGGUUGAGUACUACCAUAACAUGCAUGGAGACUGGCUUGCUCUGCCGUGGACAGAUCAAUAUAAACAUGACCUGAAGAAGAGGUACAACAUCACCGCUGUGCCAAAGCUGGUGAUUGUAAAGGAGAAUGGCCAGGUGAUCACAGACAAAGGCCGAAAGCAGAUCAGAGAUCAGGGCUUGGCCUGCUUUCGAAACUGGCUAGAGGUGGCAGAGGUUUUCCAGAACUUUAAGGGGUAGCAUAGCAUGCUGUCCUCCCCCACUGCAAACUAACUCACUAAUUCCUAUUACACUGCUGCUCUUUCUAGGAUGACUGUUACUCAUUGUCUCUCAGGCAUUUAUGAGUUUAUAUGUGUACUUAUGUAGGCCUAUGCAUUGUUUAUUUCACUUCAACAUUAAGUGAAACAAUGUUUUUUAUUUAAAUACUGUGCUGCUUUUAUAUAAUUUUUUAUCUUAAAGAGUUUUUAUAAGAAAUAUUUUAGUUAUUGUUGAACUAUAAUAACCAUUUUUACUGCAAUAAAACCUUUCCUAAAAGCUUAAA